CGCAUCGCACGUCAUCGAUCGCGACUGAACUUCCUCUAUUCAUCACAACGACACUCAAUUUUCUCUUUCUGAACAACGCCAAGGCAACCAAACAAAAUGUCGAAACUCAGCAUUAACGACAAGAUCAAGCUAAACAGCGGAUAUGAGAUCCCUCAAUUGGGUUUUGGUGUCUACCAAACUCCCGCAAAUGAAGUAGACACAAUCGUCCAAGAAGCCUUCAAAGUCGGCUACCGCCAUGUCGACUCCGCCUCCGCCUACCGCAACGAAGCCGGCUGCGGCGCCGCUAUCCUCCGCCCCACCAUCCCCCGCUCCCAAAUCUUCUUCACCUCCAAAGUUGGCCCCAAACACAUCUCCUACAACGCAGCAAAACGCAUCAUCGCCGAAUCCCUCGCCAAAACUGGGCUCGAGUACAUCGAUCUCAUGCUCCUGCAUGCUCCCUACGGCGGAUCCGUCAACCGGAAGGGCGCCUGGCUUGCCCUCGUCGAAGCUGUUGAAGAAGGGAAGAUCCGGUCCAUUGGUGUCUCCAAUUACGGUGCCCACCAUCUUGACGAAUUGGAACAGCACAUCAAAGAGCUGGAAGAGGAAAGGGGCGGGCCCGGCAAGGGAGGAGUGAUAAGUGUAGGGCAGUGGGAGGUCCAUCCAUGGUGUCCCCGCAAGGAUAUCGUCGAGUGGUGUCGCAAACGCAACGUUGUCGUUGAAGCGUAUGCUCCCAUCGUCAGAGGGGAGAGGUUCGGUGAGCCCGGGCUGAAGAGACUCGCGGAGAAGUACGGGAAGACCGAGGCGCAGGUGCUUGUGAGGUGGAGUCUCCAGAAGGGGUAUUUGCCGCUGCCGAAGAGUGUGAGGGCGGAGAGGAUCAAGGAGAAUGCGGAUGUGUAUGACUUUGAACUGAGCGAGGGGGAGGUGAAGGGACUGGAGACGGAGGAGUAUAGCCCGGUGUGUUGGGACCCGACGACAAGUGAGUUGGAUAACUACAGUGGGCAGGAGGAGGUUUAAGGGGAUGGAGACCGGCUUACAGACAAGAUGGAAGGGGUAGAGGUAUGUCCUGCUUUGCUCAAGAUGUUGGUUUCUGACUUUAGAGGCACCUAGAGGUACCUCUUGUGCCUCAAUCUCGUGCUCUCUGCUAGAGCGUGACUUCCCGCACCCUCCCUUUUGUCUUCGCGCACCCUAUGAC